AUGUCAACCGUACCUCGCGCUCCCCGUCGAAGAGGCCAUCGAGCAUGUCUAAACUGUCGGCUCUCCAAGCUUCGAUGCGAGCCCUCUGGUAACCAAGUCGACGGCACCUCUUGUAAAAGAUGCUUGGAGACGCACUGUCCCUGUAUUUACGAGGAGACGUCCUCGGAAUACCAGAGGCGGCGAGCUGCGGGAGCCAAACGAAAGGAGUCGGCCUCUUCAGAACGGCCAUGGUUGACUGCCCAACAUCAAACCCGUCGCCCAUCACCUUUUCAAGAUAGCGAGUCGCCUAAUCGAUGCACAACGACGCACAGCGCGGCACGAGAAGCGGCAAGGCAAUCCGAAUCACCAUCAGAAACAAGUCAAGACAACGUAGGCUCAACCACUCAAAUAAAAGAAGUCUCCGAGACGCAGUCACAGCGUCUACUUGAUCACUUCUUCAGUGUCAUGACUGAACCCCCCCUCAUCUCACCAUCUUUCCUACCUUCGGCAGACAGCCAUAGACAGAAGGAUGAAUUGCGACUCGCUGUUCUCGCCACCGCCGCCUCUACCCUCGAUAUGAAACUGUUUGCAGAGAUGGAUACUCGACUGAGGCACACACUAGCCGAGUCAGCCAUUGUUACUGGGCAGAAGAGCAUCGAACUCGUGCAAGCAUUGAUAUUGGCUGUGGCCUUCUAUGCCGCAAACGAACCUCUCCACAAGGUCAGAAUCUCGGGUCUAGCAGCGCAAGCAGAAUCCAUGGGCUCUGACCUGGGCUUGUAUGAAAUCAGCUGUCAGUUCCAUUCUGAUACUAGUGAAUGCGUGAAUUCAGAUGAUUCGCAGUGCAUUUGGACACUUGCAGGAGCAAGGAUGACCACGAUGGAGUGUCAUGAGGCCAUGCAUACAAGCCUUGCAUGCCUCUGGGCUGUAAAUAGAUCAUAUGUCACAGUCUUGGGCUCUUCUACUCUUGCAGACCACCAGAAGAUAGCGGCAUGGACGGAUUUGGAGAUGAUUGCUGUUGCGUCUAUGGCGAGCUCAGUCACUAACUCGUCCCGUUUGCCAGAGAAUGAAAGAACGACAGGAACUGAGCUGGUGGCAUCGCUAGACAAUUGGCACAAGACAUACACCCGUUUCCUUGAUUGUAGCAAGAUAUUGCUGGUGCACUACUCCGCUGUGCGAACGCGCGCACUUAAGCCGAAUUCAAGUUACGAGUACCCGCGUAAUGACAAAUGCGCCAACCCUCCUUUCGACGAGUGUGUUCUCGGAGGUGAACAACUUUCGACAAUGAGGCAAAAGGCACAAAGAACAUAUCAUGGCCCAGAUAUCUCACUCAUACAAGAGGGACUAAGUGCUGCCCUGAGUCUAUCCACCGAUAAUGUCAGGGCCCAGGGUAUCAUAUUCUUCAAUGACGUAUGCUAUCUCUUCAGUGUCUUGAUCAACGACUAUCUUUCUCGGGCCUUGCGCAAUGUAGCUGGCUCUCAUGCAAGGCAAAGGACGGUGCUAUACGACCUCCUUGGUCGGGCUACUGCGCUAUUCGACAGUGCUGCUGCUGAGCAUUUGAACACGCUGCAUUGCAAUGCCAGAACCUUUCGAAAUGUCUUGAUCAGACUACGUGCCAAAUUGGACAAGGCAGAAAUUGCCAUUGCAAGACAGAAUCGACACGGGGCGAAUGACAUGGAGCAAAUGGUCAAUUCCAUCUACAGAGAGAGGCUGGACCAGGCUUCAACGCUGAUGCCCAUGACAAGCUCGAUACAUAGCGGUGAAAAUGUACCAAGGCAAGAGAUCGCCGGCUUCGGUGAUACGCUGAAUGGGCCAACAGCUUCUAUGAUCCCUGAUUUAUCGGAUGAUGCGAUGGGAGAGGCCAUGAUGGAAUUAUUGCCUUUAGAGCAAUUUCAUGCCUUUGACUUUGAGGAGUUGUUUUGGGAUAAAGAGAUAGUUUAA